UUUAAGUAGUUGAACCGCGCUUUAAAACGAACGCACUUAAGUUACAGCAGCGGUACGAGCAGCAGCAGCAGCAGCACCAGCGGCGUGCUUUCGUAGCAGCAGCAGCAGCAGAACUUCUUCAACCGAGAAGGAGCUGUAGUGACAGUUUUCAGCUGGAUUUUCUAGCAACUGAUCCUUAUCAUCCUGGAGCUCAACUUUGAACGGCUUUAAAACAAAAAGCGGUUUUUUAGUAAAGCAAACGCACCGAAACCCGAAAAAAAACACUUGCCCAAAAGCCGUACGAGCGGUGCUCGAAAAACAAACAUCACAACCUGCUACUACUACUACUACUACUACUACCGAUUCCGAAGUGUGUAGUGCAUUUAAGUGAGUGUGUGUAAAGUGAGUGUGUCGUACGGGAAACACAGCCCGUCGAUAGUGUGUGCGCAUCUCAAACCAAUCCAAGUAGACCUGUUCGGGACAUCGACACUUCAUUUUGUGAUAGAAUUUCAACGCCGUCGGUAGCAGCUAAAUUAAUCCCGUGAAAUCUCUUGCUCGUGCCCGUAGCAACUGUUCAGGGGACAGAAAGCGUCAACCCAAACAAUCUGUACUACUCAUUGCGUCUGUGGCCGUCGUGAAGUGAUUUUGUUGUUUUAUUGAAUCAUCCGUCGGGUGUCGUGUUUUUAACUUUUAACUGAGCGUGUGAGCAAUCUCAAAAUGGCCCUCCGUGUAGUUGGUCUCAUGAUACGCCAGGAGCUGUCCGGUCUGGCUAGCAAACCGUCGGUGCGCAUGAUCAGCACCAGCCGUGGACCGAAUUGUGCCAAGAUCCUGGAACACUCGCCGAACGCGCAGCUGAACAAAACGCUGCUCGAUCGGUACACCCGGCUAAAGUACGAUCCCAAGUAUGUGCAGGCCACGUACGUCUGGAUCGACGGUACCGGUGAGAACGUUCGGCUAAAGGAUCGCGUCCUCGACUACGUGCCGAAGAGUCCGGAAGAUGUACCGUCCUGGCAGUACGAUGGAAGCUCCACCUAUCAGGCGCUCGGUGGCAAUUCGGACAUGAAACUGGUGCCCCGUGCCCUGUACAAGGAUCCGUUCAAGGCCGGUGUGAAUGAUGUGAUUGUGCUGUGUGAUACGUACCAGCCGGAUGGUAAGCCGACCGCCUCGAACCAUCGGGCCGCCAUGCAGGACGCUUACAACCGUACCAAGGAUCUGGAGCCGUGGUUCGGUAUUGAGCAGGAGUACACGUUCCUUGACAUUGACGGGCGUCCGCUCGGAUGGCCGGUUGGUGGAUUCCCGGGACCGCAGGGCCCCUACUACUGUGCCACUGGUGCACAGAACGUGGUCGCCCGUGAUAUUGCCGAAGCGCAUGCCGUUGCCUGUUUGUACGCGGGCGUACAGUUUGCCGGUACGAACGCCGAAGUAAUGCCGGCCCAGUGGGAAUACCAGGUCGGACCGGCCCUUGGCAUGAAGUGUGCCGACGAUCUGUGGAUGUCGCGCUACAUUCUUUGGCGCAUCGCCGAAGAUUACGGCGUGGUGGUGACGUUCGAUCCGAAGCCGAUGGAGGGCAACUGGAACGGUGCCGGUGGGCACUGCAACUUCUCCACGAAGCCGAUGCGUGCCGAGAACGGCAUUAAGGCGAUCGAGCAGGCGAUUGAGAAGCUGUCGAAGAAGCAUGAUAAGCACAUCAAGGCGUACGAUCCGCGCGGAGGAAAGGACAACGAGCGUCGGCUGGUCGGGCGGCUCGAGACGUCAUCGAUCGACAAGUUUAGCUGGGGUGUUGCGGAUCGUGGCACCUCGGUGCGCAUUCCGCGUGGUGUGGCGGACGCUAAGAAGGGUUAUCUGGAGGAUCGUCGCCCGAGCUCGAACUGCGAUCCGUACGCGGUGUGCAAUGCCAUUCUCACCACCUGCCUGUUGGACGAAUAAGCAGCCUGCUCUCCCCCUUGGUCCUCGUCCCAUCUCCCCUCCCGUUUCCUUGGCGCCAACCCACCGCUGCUCCAGAAAGAUGAAGGAAUGAUGUCAGCACAGAAUGCACAAGCGAUCCCUUGCACACGCGAACCCUGGUAGAACAUGCAAGAAACUGCACCCGAACGGAAGGAUUGUGGCUGAAACGCAAAAUUCUAUGUAUACGUUAUUAUAUUUUCCCAACGCCCCUAACUGCUGUUCGUCCUUGUUUGCCGAAGGACAUUACUAAUUGUGCAGUUAUGUUUCCGUAGGGUGUCAUGACUAAAGAAACCCAUUCAAUGUAGGAAAGACUCCCACUGAGGGGAAUGGUAAUGGAAACAUGCGUGGAACAUGUCAAGACUUUCACGAUGCGAACUCGAUAGGACUGAAGAUGAUGAAGCCUGUGGAACGUGUGGUGCACGGAAUGGAUUAUAGCGUACAUAUUUGUGAGAGAUGCUUUUUACAGAACCGCUUUUUGAUAUAGAUGUGUUGUUGGUUUUUUUUUUUGUCUACAAGAAUGUUGUUACACGGAGGUAUUUUCUAUUUUACAACGCAUAGAACGCAAUUGUACAAAAUGUUUAGCGAGGCCAAAACGGUUCUGCAUGACAGAAAUGAGCGGGGGAAAAAACAAGAUUUUAAACGACUCAUUACGGGCAACUACUCUUUUGGGUUUUUUUUUAACACGGGAAUGGUGCAUUUUUAUGAUUUGUUUUUAAAGUACCAGCAACGCUACAUUUCAUCAAUGAAGCUCGUUUUAACUCAUUGACAAAAAUCGCGCGUCUUAAGGAGGGAAGAAAGUAACAAAAGGAACGCAGAGAGAGAGAAAAUAUUUAACGAACGGAGGGACAGCAAAGUGCAUUAUUUUGAGAGGGAUAUUAGCUUGAAAAGAACAAAGAGAAGAAAAAAUUAAUCGCAAAUUCCGAUCCUCGUUACCAUGCGCAGGAACAUUAAAAGCGACAAACACUUUAUCAAGCAUUACUAAGACAUGUUGAGUGAUUGUGUGUGGAAAAGAACGAGAGACAGCGAGAUAGAUAAAAAAGAUAAAAAAUUGUGUGUCGUAGCCGUUAAAUUACUUGUUGUUUUAGAAUGUAAGUCCAGUUUGAAGCAUAAGCGUCUAUCAGUGAAGAGAGUGUGCAGUAGAGAAGAGGUGGAGCUCUAAUAAAUCAAAUCAUCACUACACUAAACAAAAUUGCGUCUUUGAGUGUUCAAUUGGCAGCAGAUAAUUACACAACAAUAUAACGGGGAAAAAGAUAAUAUAGAAAUAUUAAUAAAACAAACACUUUCAAUCACA